CCAACCACUCACCCAUUCAAAAGGCCAAACCCCAAAAAACAAAAACAUCAGCUGCAACCAUUGCAGCUGCUGUAGUAAAACCCUAACAAAGUUAAUCUCAAAGUCUCAACGAAAGAGACAACAACCACUCUCGUCGCCGUCACUCGAUUUCUCUCAUACCCUUUUCCUUAAAAAUCUCAACUUUUUUUUCCUUAUCCUUCACGAAAGAUGUGGAUGUCGUGAAACCGUGAUCAGCUUCUGUGAAAACGAAGACUCCAUAAGGUUUGAUAAGAGAAACUGUAUUCAUGGGCAAAACUGGAAUCCAUUUGUUCGACGAUACGAGGAAUGGGUUUUUCUCUGUUUCCGAUUUGGGAUCUGAUUGGAGCAUCAGCAGCACGAACUACCGUCCUGUUGGUGGCUUGUUCGCGAGUGUUAAUCAAAUAGGACCUGGAUUCGGGUCAGGACUCGGGUCCGGAUCUAUUUCGGAUCCUCCAAACAGAGACAACAACAGUACCUUCGCUGCUCAGCUUAAUGAUUUGUGUACAAAGUACUUACCUUUUAAAGAAGAGGAAGAAGAAGAAGUGAUUGGUGAGAAGAGGAUGAAGAAGAAGAAGAAAGAAGGGUUGAAGCUUAAGCUUAAGAUAGCUAACCCUUCGUUGCGGCGGUUGUUAAGUGGAGCUGUUGCUGGAGCUAUUUCGAGAACUGCUGUGGCUCCUUUGGAAACCAUUAGGACUCAUUUGAUGGUGGGAAGUGGUGGCGACUCGACUACUGAAGUGUUUCGUGAUAUUAUGAAACAAGAAGGGUGGAAAGGUCUCUUUAGAGGGAAUUUGGUUAAUGUGAUUCGAGUAGCACCUGCUCGUGCCGUUGAGCUUUUUGUAUUCGAGACUGUUAACAAGAAGUUGACACCAAAGCUCGGAGAAGACUCGAAAAUUCCUAUCCCAUCUUCGUUGCUUGCUGGUGCUUGUGCUGGAGUUAGCCAGACACUCUUGACGUACCCUCUUGAAUUAGUCAAGACCCGUCUUACAAUUCAGAGAGGUGUAUACAAGGGGAUAUUAGAUGCGUUUGUCAAAAUAAUAAGAGAGGAAGGUCCGACAGAACUUUACAGGGGUCUUGCCCCGAGUCUUAUAGGAGUGGUUCCAUAUGCAGCAACAAACUACUUUGCAUAUGACUCCUUAAGAAAAGCAUACCGUAAACUGGUGAAGCAAGAAAGCAUUGGGAACAUUGAGACUCUUUUGAUUGGUUCUUUAGCUGGUGCAUUAUCAAGUACCGCAACUUUCCCUUUGGAGGUUGCUCGGAAGCAUAUGCAGGUGGGAGCAGUUGGUGGUAGGGUGGUUUACAAGAACAUGUUGCAUGCUUUGAUCCGCAUACUCGAGCAAGAAGGUAUUGGAGGUUGGUACAGAGGGCUUGGACCGAGUUGCUUGAAGUUGGUUCCUGCUGCUGGAAUCUCCUUCAUGUGUUACGAGGCGUGCAAGAAGAUACUUGUUGAAAACAACAACGAGGAGGAAGCCUGAGCUAUUGUUAUACAACUCACAUGAACUUUUGCGGUUGAUCAGACUAACUCGAUGGCUCUGGUGAACCAGAUCAGGUCCUGGUUAAUGACACUGCAAGCAUCUGAGUAUGGCAUUGUGCCAAUUGAGAUUCACAGUUGAGGAGAUUUGAUUUUGAAAAAUUUUGGGCGGACACAUUAUUGAUUCAAUUGGAACUAAACAUCCAAAAGAUUCAUUUUUUGUUUUGUUUUGCUCCCUAUACUUGUGUUCCGGAUCUGACAUAGUUUUAUUUUUAAUAUUUUUGUUGGCUCAA